GAAUGUUUCUAGCUGAGUUGAUAGAAAAAUACUUCGUGUCCCCCACCCUGUUCCGAGUGAUCCGCCUUGCCCGGAUUGGCCGAAUCCUUCGUCUCAUCAAAGGGGCCAAGGGGAUCCGCACGCUGCUCUUCGCUCUGAUGAUGUCCCUUCCUGCCUUGUUCAACAUCGGCCUCCUGCUCUUCCUUGUCAUGUUCAUCUACGCCAUCUUCGGGAUGUCCAACUUCGCCUACGUGAAAAGGGAAGUUGGAAUCGAUGACAUGUUCAACUUUGAGACGUUUGGCAACAGCAUGAUUUGCCUGUUCCAAAUUACCACGUCUGCGGGCUGGGAUGGGUUGCUAGCCCCGAUUCUUAACAGUGGACCCCCAGACUGUGACCCUGAAAAAAAUAACCCAGGAAGCUCAGUGAAGGGAGACUGCGGGAACCCAUCCGUUGGGAUUUUCUUUUUUGUCAGCUACAUCAUCAUCUCCUUCCUGGUGGUGGUGAACAUGUACAUCGCUGUCAUCCUGGAGAACUUCAGCGUGGCCACGGAAGAAAGCGCAGAGCCCCUGAGCGAGGAUGACUUUGAGAUGUUCUAUGAAGUUUGGGAGAAGUUCGAUCCGGAUGCAACCCAGUUCAUAGAAUUCGCCAAGCUGUCUGAUUUUGCAGCUGCCCUGGAUCCUCCCCUUCUCAUAGCAAAACCCAACAAAGUCCAGCUCAUUGCCAUGGACCUGCCCAUGGUGAGUGGAGACCGGAUCCACUGCCUCGACAUCUUGUUUGCUUUUACAAAGCGUGUUUUGGGGGAGAGUGGAGAGAUGGACGCCCUUCGAAUACAGAUGGAAGAGCGAUUCAUGGCCUCGAACCCCUCCAAGGUCUCUUACGAGCCCAUCACAACCACUCUGAAACGCAAGCAAGAGGAGGUGUCUGCUAUCGUCAUCCAGAGAGCGUACCGACGCUACCUCCUGAAGCAGAAGGUUAAAAAGGUCUCGUCUAUUUAUAAGAAAGACAAAGGCAAAGAAGGCGAAGGGACACCUAUCAAAGAAGACAUCCUCGUGGAUAAACUGAACGAGAACUCAACCCCGGAGAAAACUGACGUGACACCGUCCACCACUUCCCCACCUUCCUAUGAUAGUGUGACCAAACCAGAGAAAGAGAAAUAUGAAAAAGACAAAUCAGAAAAGGAAGACAAAGGGAAAGAUAUCAGGGAAAGUAAAAA